UCUGUGACAGUCGGUUGACUGAAAUAAUGUUUUUGUGGAACUAGCAGAAGAAUGGAGGAGGGAUGAAACACUAUACCCUUCAUCACUUCCCCUUCAUACGGGCACAUCCUCGCUCUGCGCGGGCCACAGACUGCUGUCAGCGCAGAGAGGGACACACAGGCGCUCCUCUGCACCUACUCUGGGAAACUGAGGCCAUGCCAUUGGACGCUGCCCACCUGUGGGAGGUGCUACAGUGGAGUGGGUGUGUCCUGGCAGCAGCCUCCCUCCUCCCUGCAGUGCUCCUGCUCUGUGCCCGCUGUGCCAAACGAAAGCCCACACCGCCCCCUGCUGGCCUGGAGCUGGGACCUCAGGCAGUACAGCCUUCAGCUCCUGCUGCACCUGAACUCCAGAACAACAGCAGGUCACCUGAACCACAGUCCCAGAAUCCAACAGAGGUCCAACAGGCACCAAAAAGCUCAGAGAGGCUGGGAGAUGUGAGCAGGAGGCAGUUACCCAGAAUCCCGCUGCAGGAGGGGAAGGAGAUUCGGCGCCACAGCAGCUACACGGGCGAGUACACUGUGGCGAACGAGCUGCGCUGCCAUUGGCCAGAGCUGGACGGCCGGAACACCUCCACCUGCAGCCGGCCGCAUGAGGAGGAGCCGUUCCCCGUCUACGCCCAAGUCCACAAAACCAGGCCCGCCUCCCAAACAGACAGGGACAGCACAGACCUCCACCUGUAUGCCAAAGUGAAGAAGGCUGGCGGGCGCUCUGUCCAAUCUGAGCUGAUUUUUUAAAGCUCAAUUUCUAUACAUUAGAAUAUAUAAAACAUGUCCCAUUCUGCAUUUGUCCAUGCAAGUACUUGAAUUCAUUAUUAGUGUGUUAAAUGGGUGUACUUCAGAAUCUGGCAUUUUGCUUAUUUCUGGUUGAUUUUUAGACAGAUAUGAGGGGGGCCAGGAGUAAAAAAAUGUUAUACAUUUCUGUUUAAAAUUCUCAGGUACCCUAAAGUGAAGGUGAGGUAUUUAUAGUCAUUGAUGUACAGUUAUAAUUUACUGUGGCUUUAUUUCAGAGUGCACUAAACCUUGCUGAAUAAACACCUCUUUGCUGUUUUUGUACAA